GCUCCCGGGGCAGGGGAGGGCCGGGGGAGGGGGGGGCCGGGCCGGUCACGUGGAGCGGCGGCUCCGCCCUCCCCCCACCGCCAUGUUCGCGGCGCCGCUGCGCAGCGCCCGCAGGUGCGUGUUUAUAACGGGGAGCGUGACCAUGGCCACGGGGGGGACAACCAGCCCCCCUAGCAUCCCUCGUCACACCAACCGCCUGAUUAACGAGAAGUCCCCGUACCUCCUGCAGCAUGCUCACAACCCUGUGGAUUGGUACCCUUGGGGUCAGGAAGCCUUUGAUAAAGCCAAAAAAGAAAACAAGCUGAUAUUCCUGUCAGUUGGCUACUCUACCUGCCACUGGUGCCAUGUGAUGGAGGAGGAGUCCUUCAAGAACAAGGAAAUCGGGGAGAUUAUGAGCAAGAACUUUGUGUGCAUCAAAGUGGAUCGUGAGGAGCGGCCAGAUGUUGACAAAGUCUACAUGACCUUUGUGCAGGCGACGAGCGGUGGAGGUGGCUGGCCCAUGAGCGUCUGGCUGACUCCAGAUCUGAAGCCCUUUGCAGGCGGGACAUACUUCCCUCCUGAAGAUGGAGUUCAUCGUGUUGGCUUCCGGACUGUGCUGCUCCGAAUCGCAGAGCAGUGGAAGGAGAACAAAGAUUCCCUGUUGGAGAGCAGCCGUAAGAUCCUGGAAGCAUUGCAACACGUGUCUGAGAUCCGUGUGCGGGGCCAGGAGUCACCCCCACCAUCCAAAGAGGUGAUGGCCACCUGCUUCCAGCAGCUCUCCAACUCCUAUGAUGAGGACUACGGUGGUUUUUCCAAAUCCCCGAAGUUCCCCUCCCCAGUGAAUUUGAAUUUCCUCUUCACUUACUGGGCCCUGCACCGAACAACUCCAGAAGGUGCCCGGGCACUGCAGAUGGCUCUGCACACCCUCAAGAUGAUGGCCCAUGGGGGCAUCCAUGACCACAUCGACCAGGGGUUUCACCGCUACUCCACCGACCAGCACUGGCACGUCCCUCACUUUGAGAAGAUGCUCUACGACCAGGGGCAGCUGGCAGCUACGUACAGCAGAGCAUUUCAGAUCUCUGGUGAUCAAUUCUUUGCUGAUGUUGCCCAAGACAUUCUGCUCUAUGUCUCACGGGACCUGAGUGACCAGGCUGGAGGUUUCUACAGUGCGGAAGAUGCCGAUUCCUACCCAACCACCGCAUCCAAAGAGAAGCGAGAAGGAGCUUUCUGUGUGUGGGCAGCCGAGGAAAUCCGGGCUCUCCUUCCUGACCCUGUCGAGGGGGCCACAGAGGGGACAACCCUGGGAGAUGUCUUCAUGCACCACUACGGAGUGAAGGAGACCGGCAACGUGAGCCCCAUGCAGGACCCCCAUCAGGAGCUGAAGGGAAAGAAUGUCCUUAUUGUCCGGUGCUCCCCAGAGGUGACAGCAGCCCAGUUUGGAUUGGAGCUGGGGCGACUGGGUGCCGUGCUGCAGGAGGGACGCCAGAGGCUGUCCACAGCCCGGGCACAGCGGCCACGGCCACAUUUGGACACCAAGAUGCUGGCGGCAUGGAACGGGCUGAUGAUCUCAGGCUUUGCCCAGGCUGGCACGGUCCUGGACAAGCAGGAAUAUGUCAGCCGGGCUGCGCAGGCAGCUGCCUUCCUGCGGAAACACCUUUUCGACCCCACCAGCGGGAGGUUGCUGCGGAGCUGCUACCGGGGCAGAGACAACACAGUGGAGCAGAGUGCUGUGCCCAUCCAGGGCUUCCUGGAGGAUUAUGUCUUCGUCAUCCAGGCUCUCUUUGACCUGUAUGAAGCCUCACUGGAGCAGGACUGGCUGGAGUGGGCUCUGCAGCUCCAGCACAUGCAAGACAAGCUCUUCUGGGACUCCAAAGGCUUUGCGUAUUUCUCCAGUGAGGCUGGUGAUCCCUCUCUGCUCCUGCGUCUGAAGGGUGACCAAGACGGAGCAGAACCCACCGCCAACUCCGUCACUGUCACAAACCUGCUCCGAGCAGCUUGUUACUCUGGCCACAUGGAGUGGGUAGAAAAAGCUGGGCAGAUCUUGGCCGCCUUCUCAGAGAGGCUGCAGAAGAUCCCGAUAACCUUGCCCGAGAUGGCUCGAGCGACCGCUGUCUUCCAUCACACCCUCAAACAGGUCAUUAUCUGUGGGGACCCCCAAGGAGAAGACACAAAAGAGAUGCUGCGCUGCGUCCACUCUGUCUUCAGCCCGAACAAGCUGCAGAGCUCUAGCCUGCCGCUUGCCUUCAUCCCAGCCCUGCAGGAGGACGUUGGGGAGCUUGUGAGAAAAAUGAAUAAUGAAUUUCAGAUUGAACAUGAAUUGGUGCUGCUGCUGGCAGAUGGAGACGGCGCUGGGUUCCUCUACCGCCAGUUGCCUUUCCUUGCAACCCUGGAGAGGAAGGAUGGCAAAGCCACUGCGUAUGUCUGCAGCAAUUUCACCUGCUCCCUGCCUGUCACCUCACCCCAGGAGCUGCGUGGGAUGCUCUGCCCAUGAGCCCCGUGUGCCCUCUGCCCGCAGGGAGACGAGGGGGUGACAGACUGUCACACCAGCCUGCGAACGCUGGAGAGACCCAUAAUAAAGCCACUCUGGGCAUCAA